ACGCCGCAUGGCUACGCCAGUCCGUGUUCUACCAGCGAACCAGCCACCUGGUGUGGUCCCUCCUCUCAGCCCUAAUCCAGCGCCAGCGACGCCGAGUUCAUCCGACCACAACCAUGCGGGACACGAGUCAGGAAUCCUGCUGCCUGCCCUUCAAGGAGGAGUUCCAGCGCUCCAAGUUCUCGCUGCAUCACGAUGAUCCCGGUGUCUUCUGUCGCUCGCAGUGGCAGCGCGGGCAACGCAAUAUUCUGUGGCUCCUCUACCGCUGGAUCUGGGCUGGGUUCUUUGCCGGUGGCGUGAUUGGUAGCCUGGUGAGCAGUUAUAAUGGCGGAACUUGGUUUAUCUACCUCACGGACUGGGGCUUUUCACUGUGCUUCUAUGCCUGUACCUAUGGAGCAGUCGUGGCCACCAUUUACUAUAUCAAACCCUCGUACUUUGCUCCUGGCAGCGUGGCUCUCAAAAUCUAUUGGCUUUCCCACUACACAACUGUGGUGCUUGCCAUGAUGAUAACACUCGUGUUCUGGGCAGCGCUCUAUCCAUCCAUGCCUGAAAUGGGCGCUGAGCUGUACAACCUCUGGGCCCAUGCCUUCAACUCGAUUUUCAUGGUUUUCGACUGCUUCAUGGUGGCCUUUCCCACGCACAUUAUGCACUUUGUCUAUCCCUUUGCCGCAGGCAUUACCUAUGGGCUCUUCUCGCUGAUUUACUUCUGGUCCGGUGGCACUGAUUUCAUGGGCAAUCGUUACAUUUACUUUAUCUUGGACUGGGAGCAACCGGGCCUGGCCAUUGGCACGGUCUUUGGAUGUGUGGCGCUGGUCAGCUGCUUCUGCAUUUGUGUCUUUGGGUUCUACAGGCUCCGCCUGUGCAUCUACAACAGUUGUGGCAGGAAGCAGGAGCAGGAGCAGGAGAUUCCAUCGACAAGGGCCUCCACGGAGACAGUGCAAGUCGCUUGAGUCGCAACAACAUUCCGAACUUGUUUUCUAGAUAUUCUAAGAACUAUUUGUAAGCUUAUUCUUAGUCAGCAAAUUUUGGCAAUUAAAUCCCCGAACUGCCAGCUUGGAUUCUGUUUAAA